UCUCCGGAAGCACUAUGAAGGCUUUGAAAGUUUCUGGAACUCAUAACUCAUACAAAUUAUUAAAAAUUUCACCAAAACAAAAAAAGAAAGUAGUUCUUGUUCAUACUUCAUGUGUCUUUCCCAAAAUCCAAAAUCCAAAAUCCAAAAUCCGAGUAGUGUCCUACUCCUGUCUGUAAACUAACAAAAGAAGUGUAAAGCGGAAAGAGGAGAGAGAAUGUCAGGGGAAGUAGUGAAGCUUCGAUGUCAGAGAAUCGGCUGCGACGCUACUUUUACUCCCGACAAUAAUCCAGAAGGUUCUUGCGUUUUCCACGACUCGCCUAUAUUUCAUGAUGGAAUGAAAGAGUGGAGCUGCUGCAAGAAAAAAAGUCAUGACUUUAGCUUGUUCUUAGAACUUCCAGGAUGCAAAACAGGAAAACACACAACUGAGAAACCUGUGCUAACUAAGACUGCCCCAAGUCCGAGGAAAUACGCCCCUGCUCCUAGUCCUGUCCCUGGUCCUGCACCAGCUCAAUCAUCUAGAGAAACUUGCUCUAGGUGCAGGCAGGGAUUUUUCUGUUCAGACCAUGGCUCACAGCCAAAUGCCAAACAAGUUAAUUCCCAAGCAGUUGCUGCUACAGAAGGGGCUGAAAAUGUUUCUGCUGCCCCUCGGAUGAUAAUCGGCAUAAAUGAACCUCAAAUCUGUAAGAAUAAGGGAUGCGGUCAAACCUUUGAAGAGAUAAAUAAUCAUGAUACUGCAUGCAAUUAUCAUCCGGGGCCUGCCAUUUUCCAUGACCGAAUGAGAGGGUGGAAAUGCUGUGAUGUUCAUGUGAAGGAAUUCGAUGAGUUCAUGAGCAUUCCACCUUGCACAAAGGGAUGGCACAGUGCCAAUCCUUCAUCAUAGGCAUGUUGGAGGUGUUUUCAUUAUCUUUCCCAUAAUUUUCGUGACAAGUUGAUCUAAUUCAAAUUGUUCGACCUGCUUUUGGUCACCAUUGCUUUUCGUCGUGCAAAACUAUAAGUAUAGCUGAGAGUCUAGAACAACUGAUCGUAUUGAAAUCCAUGUUCUAUUUCUUGUUCUUAAGCUAUUCUUAUCUCAAAUUUGGUAGACUUUUGAACUUGAGAGGGAUUUGCAAUGAUCAACAGCAUUGAAAAAUACUUGCUGGGUAAGGUUAGAAGAACAGCCAAGAGAACAAUCUCCCUACUAUAUAAUACUAUUAUUUCCUAUGUCA